AUGGCAGCCAGAAUUGUAGAGGAAACAGAGUCUGCUGCGAAGACCAUAUGCCAGACCCUUCAGACCGCAGAAACGAAUCUGGUCCAGAAGCUGGUUGUCCCACCGCGAUGCAAUCAGGCGUUUCUGGGCGCCUUGACACCGACUGAGCUGUCACACAUGGGCAUAAGGCAGCCAGGAUACGAUGUCGCAGACGAUGAGCCCACAGAAGCGUCGGGAAUACUUGACACAGAGUACAGCGAUGUGGUUUCAGAAGUAUCGGCUUCCCUUAGUGGCGGUGCUAAGAAUCAUGCAAGGAAGCCACCGGUUAUUUGCAUAGGUGAUCUUUACUUUUCGCGGUACAAUCCUCUUUUCCACCACAGAGACACCUUACAAAUACAGAGGCUUGACAGUAAUAGGGGCAGUCCCUGUUCUGGCAUCUGA